CGAAGAUGACCGGAUAUUCGAAGGCCGAUCGUUGCGGUGCCAUUAGCGUAACUAUUUACGGGUUCGAUGUUUAUACCAGCUGGUAAGAUUGUACCGACUUGUUCAGAAUUUGAGAAGAAAUCUGGAUUCGUACGUACAGAAGAAGCGGAGACAGGAUCCGAGAAAGUCGCUCGCGCGUGGACUCGAUUGGAGACAGUGACAUUGGUUAAACAACGCCGAGAGCUGUGUGAUAUUACGCAAGAUUCAGAUAAUGUUCAGCUUGAGGAUCGAAUGGGAAGCUCUACGAAACUUUGGAAUUCGUACAAUCUAGAUAAAAAAAACUCGAGGAGAUACGAUAGGAGUCGCGGGAUAAAGAGUCGAGUGGUACUCGUUUCUCGGCCUACUUCGAUGUUACCGAUUUACACAACGUAUUCGUUUGAAGAAACUUUCCAAGUAAAAUUCACGAGCUGUAUAGACGAACAAAGACCUACGUAGAAGGGAAAAGGAGAAAGGAAAAUCUACGCUUGGCAUUCCAAGUCGAGGAGGAGUUCAGAAGCUCUGCUAGAAUCGAGAGUGAACGCAAUUUUGACGUUGGCUCACGUAAGAAAAUACGGAAGAGGUGCGCGCGCGCACGUGCGCUCGUCCACAAGAGUUCUCUCGCCAUUCACUCACUCGUUUUGUUGCAGGAUACAUACAUGCAGGAACGUCCGAGGUGCGUCACUGACUGAAUUGCAUGGAUGGUUAUGAGUUUUUAAGGUGCAACGUGCAAUGGAAACGAGAGUGGAAUCGUCGAACGUGUCUCACGACUAUAGUUUCCCUCCUUUCCUCUCUUUCUCUCUUUUUCUUUUACUCCAUUUCUAUCGCUAUCACACCUUUCUUCCUUCUCACACUCUUUUACAUUACCAGAGACUACUCCGAUUUCGAAAUUUUUCAAUCCCACAAGUCCCAGAACUUUACGAUCUGUUAUCUAGAUCGGUGACCGAGCUCGCGUUUCUAUGUUUAUACGGAAAUAAAAUCGAUCUGUUUUGUUUUUUUCUUCUUUUUUUAA